AUGGAUCUCCAUCUCUAUCCUGAAUUCAAGGCUGCGUUACCAGGUGUUGAGCUGCUGACCAAGAUUUCUUUCGACGUCCAUUACAGAAGCAGAUCACAGACGCUUUUUGGCAGAUUGUCCUCGCAACUUGGCACAGAAUAUAUCCAACUGGCAGAUAUCCAAUUCCGCCUUUCUGAAAUCACACAGCCGCUGGAUUUGUUCCUGCAUCGGACUCUUCGACAGGGCCCUCCAUCAUGUGAAGCUGUCAUUGAGUUCGUCAAUGUCGUACACGAAUUGUUGGUUGACACUGCAUCCCGUAUUAAUCAACAGUGUGUUAACAGCAUGUAUCGGCAUACUCAAGGCAGAGGUCAAACACCCUGUGUGGCUCCUACAUCAUCGGUCUCUCCUUUGUUGGAUCCCAAAAAAUUGGUAGACCAUGUUUCUUAG